AUUUUAAAUUUUGAGCUGCCAUCUUGCGUCCCCGUGUGUGUGCACCUAAUCUCAGCUGGUGGUCCACCCGAGACCCCCAAGCACCAACCCUAGCCCCCCACGUGGCCCCUUAUCUGCUCUGAGAAGAUGAAACCAACAAUUAUGAGCCAGGAAAGACUUGCCAAACUGCAGGCACAAGUGUGCAUUGGUGGGAAAGGAAUGGUUCACAGAAAGAAGAAGGUGGUUCAUAGAACAGCCACAGCAGAUGAUAAAAAACUUCAGUUCUCCUUAAAGAAGUUAGAGGUAAACAGUAUCUCUGGUAUUGAAGAGGUGAAUAUGUUUACAAACCAAGGAACAGUGAUCCACUUUAACAACAGAGAUGCCAGCAAACUCUUUCACCAUUACAGGCCAUGCUGAGACAAAGCAGCUGAUGGAAAUGCUACCCAGCAUCUUAAACCAGCUUGGUGCACACUGUCUGACUAGUUUAAGGAGACUGGCUGAAGCUCUGCCCAAACAGUGUGUGAAUGGAAAAGCACCACUUGCUACUGGAGAGGAUGACGAUGAAGUUCCAGCUCUUGUGGAGAAUUUUGAUGAGGCUUCCAAGAAUGAGGCAAACUGAAUUGAGUCAACUUCUGAAGAUAAAACUUGAAGAAAUUACUGGGAGCUGCUAUUUUAUAUUAUGACUGCUUUUUAAGAAAUUUUUGUUUAUGGAUCUGAUAAAAUCUAGAUCUCUAAUAUUUUUAAGCCCAAGCUCCUUGGACACUGCAGCUCUUUUCAGUUUUUGCUUAUAUACAGUUCAUUCUUUGCAGCUAAUUAAGCUGAAGAAUCCUGGGAAUCAAGUUUGAAACAAAGGCCUCUGUAUUAGUUCUUUUUCAUGCUGCUGAUAAAGACAUACCCAAAAUUGGGAACAAAAAGAGGUUUAAUUGGACUUAACAGAUCCGCAUGGCUGGGGAGGCCUCAGAAUCAUGGAGGGAGACAAAAGGCAAAAGUGUGUGCUGUAUUUAUGGAGUUUAAAGAUUAAUCAUCCCAAAACAUUGUUUCUGCUUCGGGGAAAUCAUGAAUGCAGGCAUCUUACAGACUAUUUCACCUUCAAACAGGAAUGUCGAAUCAAAUAUUCGGAACAGGUGUAUGAUGCCUGUAUGGAGACAUUUGACUGUCUUCCUCUUGCUGCCCUCUUAAACCAGCAGUUUCUCUGUGUACAUGGAGGAAUGUCACCUGAAAUUACUUCUUUAGAUGACAUUAGGAAAUUAGACAGGUUUACGGAACCUCCCGCCUUUGGACCUGUGUGUGACCUGCUUUGGUCUGAUCCCUCAGAGGAUUAUGGCAAUGAGAAGACCUUGGAGCACUAUACCCACAACACUGUCCGAGGGUGCUCUUAUUUCUACAGUUACCCUGCAGUUUGUGAGUUUUUGCAGAACAAUAAUUUACUAUCAAUUAUCAGAGCCCAUGAAGCCCAAGAUGCUGGGUAUCGAAUGUACAGGAAGAGCCAAGCAACAGGCUUUCCAUCACUUAUUACAAUUUUCUCUGCCCCCAAUUACCUAGAUGUCUAUAACAAUAAAGCUGCUGUGUUGAAAUAUGAAAACAAUGUCAUGAAUAUCAGGCAGUUUAACUGUUCUCCACACCCCUACUGGCUUCCAAACUUUAUGGAUGUUUUCACAUGGUCUUUGCCUUUUGUUGGGGAAAAAGUCACAGAGAUGCUGGUAAAUGUGCUCAACAUAUGCUCUGAUGACGAACUGAUUUCUGAUGAUGAAGCAGAAGGAAGCACUACAGUUCGUAAGGAGAUCAUCAGGAAUAAGAUCAGAGCCAUUGGGAAGAUGGCACGGGUCUUUUCAAUUCUUCGGCAAGAAAGUGAGAGUGUGCUGACUCUCAAGGGCCUGACUCCCACAGGCACACUCCCUCUGGGCGUCCUCUCAGGAGGCAAGCAGACUAUCGAGACAGCCACAGUAGAAGCGGUAGAGGCCCGGGAAGCCAUCAGAGGGUUCUCGCUUCAGCACAAGAUCCGGAGUUUUGAAGAAGCGCGAGGUCUGGACCGAAUUAAUGAGCGAAUGCCACCCCGAAAGGAUAGCAUACACGCUGACGGGCCAAUGAAAUCUGUAACCUCAGCACACUCACAUGCUGCGCACAGGAGCGACCAAGGGAAGAAAGCCCAGUCAUGACUUAGAGUCCUGCCGUGGCUCAGGUGGAUCUAAAACUCAAGAACAAAUUUUAUUUAUUUAUUAUUGGAAAAUGAAAAGCAACUCAAACAACUUCAACCUGGAGGUGCAUUUAUAAUUCAGUCUGCAUUUAUUCUGUAAAAAGGUGACUGUUUUAUAAAUUCUUUUAAUUUAUGUUCAAUAUAUAUAAAAAGUGCAUCUGUUUUGUUUUUCCCUUUUUUUCCAUAAUUUUAAGAAAUGAAUCUGAUUGUUGUCAACACAUUUGUGAAGUCUUGUGCUAUAAAGGGGAACUUCCCUUAAUAAAAGGGCCUUGGAAACCUCAAACCUGGGUUUCUGACUUGAA